UUACCUAAUUAGAGACUUGUUAUCACGAUGUCGCAAUUCGUUUGUGUUUUGUUAACGUAUACCGUUAUUUGUUGUUCAUUAGCGAAAAGUAAUGAAUUUGUUACAACUUCUGAAUUCGUUAAAAAACAAUCCGAAAAUAAGUUAUUAGCGAAUAUCGUGCGUAAUAAAAAUUCUUCCAAGUCGUACCUGAAUAGCGUAGUGUCUGGUAACGAGAAAUUUGAUCGUUUGGAUAAACAAUCACGGGCUUCAGAUCAACGAUUGGAAUCCGAAUCAAAAGGUUCUAGUUCUUGUUGCGGAUCCAAAUACGGUUCUAAUUCAUCGAUGCGACCCGAUUCAUACUACAGUAGAAUCCCUGUGGAAAACAAUCGAUAUCCAAUUAAAUUCGACGAACGUUUACCAGUUGACAGAUACGGCUGGCAAACUCAAGGACCACCAGGAGGAAGCACAAAAAAACCCGGAGGUGGAAGUGUAUUCUACGAAGGAAGUAUAAUAGGAGAUAGUAUUAAAUUUGAUUCACGGCCGAAUUAUGGAAGCGAAAGUUCACGAAAACCCAGUGGUUACGAUUCCAGCGUAUCUGGAGAAUAUGGUUAUGUUAAUAACGGUUACGGAGGAUAUAGCUUUAGCCGACCAACAAGUUAUGGAGGAUCAGUUUCUGGUGGUAGUAGUUACGGUAUUUCAGGAACUUUUGCUAAUGGCGAAGAAUUCGGACCUGUGGAGCCAAAUCAUUCAGGAGGACAUGUUCCUUCACAUCCGAAUAUUCAAGCACAAAAGGCUGUAGCUUUAAAAGCAUUGGCAGGUGUUGCCUUAAUUGGUGCAGCUGCUGCUUUAGCAACGAAUCCCGUUCUUCUUCCGCUUGGAGUUGUAUCGGGAAGGAGGAAACGAUCGAAUGUUAAAGACAAAGAUGCUUAUAUGAAUUAUAUCUUAGCAAACCUAAAAAAUAACAUUACCAAGAAGGAUGAAAAUGGAAGUGAAACAUCUUUGACACCAUCAUGUAUUGCUAGAUUUACAUGUGAAAUUCAAUGGAAUUAUUGGUUUAAUCAUAGGAAAGAUGUUGAUUUUUUUAUUGGAAAAUUAGCAUUGGAACGUCAACUUAACAAUUUAUUGUUAAAUAACAUAUCUAAAGAACUUGAAAAUGUUCGUAUUAAAAAAUUAUUAAAAACAGCAACUAUUAUUGGUUCGAAUGGAGGUAAUUGUAACAUUCUAACGUGUACACUUAUAAAAAAUAAAAAACCUAAAAAUUUAUCAAUUUUUAAAUUUUAGAAUUUAUAAAAAAAUUGUAUUUUGAAAUUAAUUAAAAUAUUUAAAGCAAUAAAAAAAUCAUCAUGAAAAAUAAAAGUAUAAUUAUUUUACCGAACAAAAAUGGAAACUUUAAUGCG